AUGGGCUCCCAAGUGGACUCGCCGCACGGCUACCGCCCACUCUCUAUCGCCGUUAUAGGUGGCGGCAUAGGCGGCCUCUCCGCAGCCAUCGCUCUUCGCCGCUCCGGACACACAGUCAUCAUCUACGAGAAGAAUGAUUUCGCCGGCGAAGUUGGUGCCUCAGUAUCCUGUGCCGCAAACGGGACGCGGUGGCUAGAGGAAUGGGGAGUAGACAUUCCAAAAGGCGACCCUGUAACGCUUACGAAACUGAUAAAUAGAGACUGGAAGACUGGCGAACCGGUCAGUGUGUACGAUUUAGCGGACUACAAGAAGAAGUGGGGCUAUGAGUAUUACAUGUUUCAUCGGCAGUAUAUGCAUGCCAUUUUGAAAGAUUGUGCGUUGCAGGAAGAGGGUGAGGGCGUGCCAGCCGUGCUGAAGGUGAAUCAUGCUUGUCAAGAUAUUGAUUUGUCUACCACGACAAUCACCUUUAAAAAUGGCACAAAAGCUACGCAUGACCUCAUUGUAGGCGCUGACGGCAUCGGUUCCGUCGUCCGCAAACUCAUAGGUGUAAAUCCCGAAAAACGCCCUGCGGAUCAGCAAUGUCUUCACGCCAACGUAAUGACUGAAGAUGCUGCCAAACUCGGGCUAGUCGAUUACUCCAAAAACGCCGCGUUGGAAUACUGGGGCGGUCAGGAAGGGAAAUGGGACAAGAUUGUUCUCUCCCCAUGUAAUGGUGGUAAGCUGCUAUCGUACUAUUGCUUUUUCCCCCGUGACAAGGGUGACUAUACGAACCAGGCGUGGGGCGCAGAGGCAAGGCCGGUGGAGGAGUUGCUUGCGCCCUUUCCAGAGUUGGACAGUCAAGUCAAGAAGCAUUUGGAAAUUGGGAUUGAGAUUCAGCCGUGGAGGUUGUGGGUACAUCAGCCGUAUCCGUAUCUGCAAAAAGGAAACGUUUGUUUGCUAGGUGAUGCUGGACAUCCAAUGAUGCCACAUCAGAGUCAGGGAGCUUGUAUGGCUAUUGAAGAUGCCGGUGCUCUCGGGGUCAUAUUCAACCGACGGUUUUUCACAGGCGAUAUUCGUGAAUCACUACAGGCAUACGAAAAAGUGCGGCUUCCGCGCGCGACGCGUGUGCAAGCGGCUGCAGCAAAGGCCGCUUACAACAUCAAUGAACGCAUUGGAUUUUCAGCAAAUAAGGACAACUGCGAAACCUUUCAGGUAGAGAAUGAGAAGGAGACGUUGACGAUUGAAGAGAUGAAUGCCUAUGACAUGUACAAAGACAUUGAACAAGUCCUGGCAGAAGCACGUGGUCGGACUUUCAAGGAGCCGUGGAUCCGUGGACUGCCUGUAGGGCUCCAGAUGCCAAAUGGUGUUGUUGUUGGAGCGCCUUGA